AUGGAAUUGCACGGGUUCUCAGACGCUUCGCAAAACGCUAUGGCUGCCGCUGUUUAUUUGAGAGUCACUGACGCUGAUGGGAACACAAAGGUCUCACUUUUGUGUUCAAAAACGCAAGUAGCACCGCUGAAGACCAUGACAAUCCCACGCUUGGAAUUAUCUGCCGCAUGGUUGCUAACACAACUGAUACUUCAUGUUAAAGAAGUUCAGUCGCUUGAAAAUGUCAGGAUAAAUCUCUGGACUGACUCCGCUGUGACUCUCGCAUGGAUUAAAAGUCCAGCAAUCCGCUGGAAGACAUUCGUCCGCAAUAGAGUGGGAAAAAUCCAAGAAACGCUGCGAGAUGUCUCCUGGAAAUUUAUUCCAGGAAAACAAAACCCCGCUGACUGCGCUUCAAGAGGUAUACCUACGCUAAAACUGAAACAACACGCUCUCUGGUGGCAUGGACCAACUUGGCUUCAUGAACCAAAAUCCUCUUGGCCCACUCUGGAGUCUCCAACCGACAACGCAACGCAUCGAGAAGAACGCCAAGGUCUGACACUACUGUUUCCACUGCUACGGAAACUCAGCAUCUGGCAUCGUGCCAUCGACCGCUUUAAGAGAGUUCCACAAUCUUCACUGGCCUACCCGCUUACUCCAUCAGACCUGGAGCGCGCUAAAUUGACCUUGAUUAAGUUCACUCAAGGACAAUACUUCGCUAGAGAGAUUCACACGCUAGAAGAUAGUGAUGGGGGUCCUGAGAGUCGGUGGCCGCUUGAAAAACGCAUUGCUGGACCCAGAAGAGAGGCAUCCAGCGAUACUACCGCGACAAUCACGGUUACAUUAAUUUUGAUUGAUGAUUCACACCGCAAAACGCUUCACGGAGGUACUCAGCUUACGCUCGCUGAUUUACGCAAGAGUGUCUGGAUCAUUGGAGGCCGUGUUCCAGUCAGAUCAUUUAUUUUACGCUGCGUUAUCUGCACGAGACAACGUGGAGAACACGCUCAACAGUUGAUGCGUCAACUACCCGCCGCACGAGUACAGCCAACUCGAGCCUUCUUGCAUACAGGACUCGACUACGCUGGACCUAUCACGCUGAAAACGUUUCAAGGACGGGGAGCAAAAACAUACAAAGGCUGGAUUGCAGUCUUUGUAUGCAUGUUCAGAGCAGAUAAAGAGCUGAAACGACUAUUCGCUGCAGGAUCCCGCACUCUACGAGAAUUAUCAACCUUGAUCGCUCAAGAUGGCACAAACUGGAAAUUCAAUCCGCCUGGAGCUCCACAUUUUGGAGGAAAAUGGGAAGUCGCUGUGAAAUCUAUCAAAUUUCACCUUCGAAGAACAAUCGGAGACUCGCUGUUGACGCUUGAGCAAUAUUCAACGCUACUGGCUCAAAUUGAAGCCAUAUUGAAUUCUAGACCGCUCACACCGCUGAAUGAAGAUCCUGCUGAUCUGGCUGUACUGACUCCAGGUCACUUCUUAAUCGGACAGUCACUGACCGCUAUCCCAGAGCCAUCGCUGACAGAUUUACAACCUGCUCGGCUCUCGCACUGGGAACAAGUCCAGCAAAUGAUCAAGGUGGGUUCAGUUGUACUGAUCACCACUGAGGAUCUCCCGCCAACCAAGUGGCCAUUAGCCAAAGUAAUUGCUGUCCAUCCAGGUGAAGAUGGACAAAUCCGCGUGGUAACUGUUAAGACAGUUAACACAGAGCUGGUACGUCCAAUUACAAAGCUCUGUGUCCUGCCGCUAACGCAUGAAGAAGAUGAUCUUGUCGACGCAGCCGCCAACCCGGGGGAGAAUGUUCGGUGA